UUUCCUCCCCAGGAUUUCAUGGGUGUUGGAGGCAAGAGGCCGGGUCUAAUUGUCCUCUCCAGCAUAGAUGUCCCAUUUACAGCAGACCGGCUCAAGUGCUAUAAAACCAAAAGGGUUCUUUAAGAGCUUAAAGUAAUCGCUGUGGGGUUGCAUGAAGAAUAAGCUCCUUCAUAAGGAGAAUUUCAAGUGCGCCGUAGGUCCAGUGCGACAUUUGGUUCCCGCAGCAGCUUUUGGUAGGAAAUGCUGCUGGGAGGACCCCGUCAGUCGCUGGGAAAUUCCCGUGGGCCACCCUCACCGUCUCCCUGUCUUCUCCUCAACCGGCAGAUGCCUCUGCAGCACGUGGCGCUGCUGAAGCGGGAACCUGGAGUCAACUUCUACCUCUCGGGGAACGGGCUUGCCCGGGGCCUCCACUACCUUCGGGGGGAGCAUGUGGCCGUCGUGUCUUCCUCCCCACCCACCGCGCUGGUGGAGGUCUGCAUGGAGUGCUGCACGCUGGGCGUCUUCGAGCAGUGGGUGGUGUUCGACUUCGGCAGACGCCCCGUCCUCGUGCAGAAGAUCAAGGUGAAGGUGGGCCGGCAGGAGACCCCCCAGCACGUCCCCGGCAGCAGGGAGAGCAGCCACCUCGUUGACUUCGUGCGAUGGGAUAGAGGAAACCGGAUCAUCGUUCCCAGCGUGCCAAGGACCAGUGAAGAUGUGGAUCUGCUGGCCAAGUACAAACCUCCUGCUCUCGCGCUGGACUACCAGCGCGAGGGUGGCACGACCAUUCCCAUCACCCGUCUCAACUAUCGUGAGAGGAUGCACAGCUUCCUCUUCCGCGAGGAAGAAGCCGAACAGGCUCUGAUUGCCAAACUCAACCUGCAGGUCGUCAUCUCGCUGACCCCCAUGCUGCAAACCCUCUCUGUGGGGAUGAAGGUUGCCCUGCCCGGUGAGCUGUUUGCUCAAGUGCCUACCCCUUACAACCUCUCACCGGACACAGACGAGGGGUAUCUGCUGAGCAGGUCUGUGCCCACUGCUUUCCUGGCGCUCGACCCACCUGUAGACAAUCGGGUUUACGAGGUUAGCGUGGAGCAUAAAGCCACCACGGAGAAGACCAUCUGGCUACAGAUACCAAAGAGAUGCUGCUCAGAGCUGAACUUCAACCCAAACACCUCCUGCAAGGUGGAGAUCCAGUUCCAAAUUGACCAGCUGCUGUUCCGGAGGUGGCACCAGGCUGUGGACUGCCUGCUGGAUGAGAAGCUGGUCCUACCAGAUGUUGCCAGUUGCUCUGUCCCCUACUCUCUUGGGUCACCACAGAAAGGGAAUAGCAAGCAGAAGCUAGCCAUCUCCUUCAUCACGGGCCGGACAACCAGCAGCCGGCAGGUCCCACCUCUUCUCAUCUACGGGCCUUUCGGCACAGGGAAGACGUUCACCUUGGCCAUGGCCACCAUGGAGAUCCUCAGGCAGCCGGACACGCGGGUGCUGAUCUGCACUCACACCAACAGCGCUGCUGACAUCUACAUCCGGGAGUAUUUCCAUAACUACGUGACCAACGGGCAUCCAUGGGCUGUUCCCUUGAGGAUUAUAUCCACUGACCGUCCCAUCAACCUGACAGACCCCAUCACUCAGGUGUACUGCUGCCUCUCGCCAGACCAGCACUCCUUCCGGCACCCCACGCAGGAGGAGAUCAACAGGCACCGCAUCAUUAUCACCACCUCCAUGUUAUCCAAGAACCUGAAGGUUGCCCGAGGCUACUUCACCCACAUCAUGAUCGACGAGGCUGCUCAGAUGCUGGAGUGUGAAGCUUUGAUCCCGCUCUCCUACGCCACUUUGGAGACCCGGAUUGUCCUUGCUGGGGACCACAUGCAGAUAACCCCAAAGCUGUUCUGUGUUGGGGACGGACAAUCUGCUGAUCACACCCUGCUGCACCGACUCUUUCAGUUUUACCAGAAGGAGAGGCACGAAGUGGCCCUGAAGAGCAGGAUCAUCUUCAAUGAGAAUUAUCGUUCCACCGCAGGCAUAAUUGAGUUUGUCUCCAAGCACUUCUACAUUGGCAAAGGCAAUGCUAUCCAAGCCAGCGGGAACAUCCCACCCCACCCCGACAUCUACCCUCUCAUGUUCUGCCACGUGUCCGGUGUGGCUGAAAGGGAUAUGUCCAUGAUUUCGUGGCACAACGCUUCCGAGAUAAUACAAGUGGUUGAGAAGGUGAAGGAGAUCUACCAGAGGUGGCCACAUGAGUGGGGUGUCCGAGAUCUAAAGAGGAUCUGUGUGGUCUCCCAUGGGAUGCAGGUUUCUGCGACAAGACAAGAGCUGAGAAAGAAGCAGCUACAAGAUGUGGUGGUGGAAAACUAUGAAAACUUGCCAGGGCGGGAGUUCCGGGUCAUCAUCAUCAGCACAGUCCACACCAGCAAGAGCCUGAGCAUCUCGGCCUCCCACCACCUUGAGUUCUUCAAUGAAGCCAGAGUGCUCAACACCAUCAUGACCCGGGCUCAGUCGUUGGUUGUUGCAGUGGGGGAUGCCGUGGCCUUGUGCUCCCACGGCCAGUGCAGCAAGGUAUGGAAGCGCUUCAUCCAGCAGUGCAUUGAGAAGGGCAGCGUCUUCCCAGAGAACCUGACGAUGGCCCAGAUCAAACAGGCUGCGUGCGACAAGGAGAGCUGGAGCAGGAGGAGCCCAGAGGGGGAUGAGGAGGACAGCGACACGGAUUCCUGGAGCUCCGAGGCUGAGAGCGUGAAUCCUGACGAUCCCAUCCUCCAGGAGCUCCUAGAUGAGAGCAAGAACGUGCUGGUGACGGUGUCCGAAGAAGGGCUGCUGAACGUGAAGUCUGAGGCUUCGAACCUGUGGGAAAGCAGGCAGGAAUACUUCAGCUUCUCUCCUCAGGUGAUGCAGGAGUAUCUGCACAUGCACCCCAGAAUGUACAAGAGGUGCGAGCUGAUCAAAGAACGGUUCGACAGAGCUUCUGCCUUCACCCUCAAUGACUCCCCUGCGAUGACCAUUCAGAUCAAAGGCAGAGUUCACUGCGGGACGGCCUUCACCGGGGACGAGGUUCUGGUGGAGAUCUUGCAGAGCAGCAUGGCUGACAGUGGCAGCCACCACCCUCAGGGGAAGGUGGUGGGCAUCUUAAAGCGUGCAGAGAGAGAACGGACCUUCAUCUGCAUGAUGGACGAAUUUGAUCCCCGGGUGAUGAUACCCAUCGAUUCCACUGUCACCAAAAUAUUUGUCCCGGGGCUGAAAGAGAAACCCAACGUCAUUCCUAUCCGCAGGCGUGUCAACGGGAAGUACAGAGUGGUCAGCUGUGAGAAGAUCAGCCAGGAGAUGAGGAGAUGCCAGUUCUUCUGCGUCCAGGUUAUCUCCUGGCGGGAAGGGUUUUACUAUCCUUUGGGGAUAAUAACAGAGAUUCUGCAUGCAGCCUUGACUUUGGAAGAAGGCUUAAAGAUCCUUGACUUGGAGUAUGGUUUGGAUAAGAAGUACCCAGCCGCUGUCACCAAGGAGUCGGCCAAAUACACCUCCGGCAGCAAACUAAACCUCACUGAGGGAAAACUGAAGGACUGUCGGAGCUACCCGACCUUCACUGUCGACCCCCAAGGCGCCAGGGAUUUGGACGACGCUAUCAGCGUCAGGGAUCUUGGGCAUCACUAUGAGAUUGGCAUCCACAUUGCAGACGUGGCUGGCAUGAUUCCCAAAGGCAGCGCCUUGGACCUGGAAGCAAAGAAGCGGGGUGUCACCUACUACGUUCCCAACCAGGAGCCGCGGUGCAUGUUUCCACCCUACAUUAGCCAAGACGUCUGCAGCCUCCUGCCACAGGAAGACCGUCGGGUGAUCUCCUUGUUUGUCACCAUAGAAAAGGAGACUGAUGAGAUGAUAAAGGAAGUCUUCACCAUCUCUGUGAUCCGCUCGGACAGACAGCUGUCCUAUGAAGAGGCGGAGGUCUGCAUUAAGGACCGCUACAGGGGACCGACAGCAGCCCUUUGUUUCGAUACCCUGGAGGACUGCAUAGCUGUGGCGUAUCACUUCUCCAGGAUCCAUCGGAAGUCUCGGCUGCAGGAUGACCGUUUCUAUGACCAGCUGGACGAGGAAAGCUCCCCAGGUAACAGGGGGUCCCAUCAGAUGAUAGGGGAGUUAAUGAUCAUGUUCAACAGUUUCGUGGCAGAGUUCCUCACCAACCAGGAGGACACCAGAAAUGUGACUCCUCUCCGGUGUCAGUGCGAGCCAAACCCUCAGCAGUUAGCAGCCAUGAAAAACAAGUACAGCCACAUCCUUCCUUUGUCCAUCCAUCUCUCACACCACCUGGGAGAGGUGCCUCCUGGCCAAGAUUCCUCUAAAAAUGUGGAGUUCAGCAUCUUGGCCCCCAUCUGGAAGCACCUGCAGUCAGCUGCUAAUGCCCGUGACUUCCAGAAGAUGCUAGAUCUUAUUGUUACUGAUGAGAUCCACCCGAAGCUGGCCCCCUUGGCCCUGGAGUUCAGGGCACUGCUUGGCCGCUCCUAUUUCAGUUGCUCCAACUCCACCAUCCAUUCAAAAGUGGGCCAUUACUCCCUGGGUGUUGACUCAUACACCUGGGCUUCCUCUCCCAUCCGCCGUUACGUGGAUGUCGUGGUCCAGCGGCACCUUCAUUCAGUGCUCCGCAAGAAGCCCAUCGUCUAUUCUUCAGACGACAUUGAGUUUCUCUGUCUUGACUUCAACAAGAAGAAUUCCCAGUUGGUGACAUACGAGAAGAGAACCCGCUGCCUGCAGAUGGCCACCCAGCUGAAGGCCCAAGUCCUGCAGAAGGUCGCCUUCAUAGUGGCUAUUGGAGGGGCAGACAAGUAUUUUAAAGCCCUGUUUCCACUGAACAAAAAGAGUCUUCUGGAUCCCCAGGUAAUCAACUACAAGUAUCUUCAGCUGACAGAGCAGCCCACGGUCAUUCAGCAGCGGAACAGUGUCAAGCUGAUGUGGAAGAGGAGGGUGUACUCUGUGGAGAAGAUGAAGGAGCACGGCCUGCGGGAAGGGCCUCUCUGUGACCGCAGCGUCACCCUCUUCAGCCCCCAGACUUGGGAAAAAGUGCUCGCAGCGGUCAAGAGAGAGGAGUUUGAGACCGCGGCCUCCCUCCUUCGGAAGAACAAGGAGCUGUGCCAGCGGCCCAUGGGCUGGGUAAGGAAGAGCCAGUGCUCGCACUACGUCGAGCUCUCCCUGGAGCUGAGCCCCGGCGACACGCUGCAGCUCCAGCUCACCACGGACGUCUACCGGGGCUUCCUGGUGCCCUUCGUGCAGCUGUGGUGCGUGGCGCCGGGUUUCGACAUCUGCCUGCAGCACACGGAAAAGCCCAUCGAUUGCUUCUCUGCCUAUGCCACCCUGCCGUCCAAAGACAAGUACAAGCACACAAUGGAGUACAACAAGGUGUGGAUGCCGAUGAGCGCCAUGGAGUCCGCUUCCUGCGCGGUGGCUGAAAACGACUCGAUUGUCCUCCAUGAUGUCAAAAUAACCUGGGCAAAGCAAAGGACAAGCAAAGGGCAGCUGCAAGGGAGUUUCCCCCUAAGCAAAAAAUUUUUGGAGGAGUGCUCCAUUGAAGUGGACUUCAACUUCUGUUACUUGUGCAUUCGCUUAGGUGGGCUCAAGCUUGGGAGCCUUCAAAGCGAUGAGGAAUGCCUGAGCCAUGGCCUCCAGAAUCUGAGUUUGGACAAGGGCAGGUCAGAAAGCAAACUUGUGAUUGAUCCAGAUACCUACACCUGGGUGGCUCACGGGGUCACUGAAGAGUUCAGUGACGAUGAGAAGUCAGACAGGACUAGUGAGCAGACCACGAACUUCUACAUCCACUAUAUGUCUAUGGAGAACAUCCCCGCGGAAAUCUUGCAGGCCUCUGCCAGGUUCACAGUGGAGCUCAUACCAAAGUUGCUGCCAGACAUACGGAAAGAAAAGGCAAUUUGGAAGCUGAAGUACGCCUCCGAUCUGGCUAAAAGCAUCGCCCUCGGCCAUGAACCGCCUAAGAAAGUGAUAACGUCCAAAAUCCUGCAGCAGAAACUCUUUGAUCUCCCUGGCAGCCACAGGAAGCUCAACCAGAGUCAGAACCAGGCUGUUCGAAAUGCUCUGAGAAAACCCUUCACGCUCAUCCAAGGCCCACCAGGCACUGGGAAAACAGUUGUUGGAAUUCACAUUGUCUACUGGUUCCAUAAGCUGAACGAGGAGAGCGUCGAGAAGGAGCAAACACCACCCUCUGAAGAAGAAAAGCCUAAGGGGAGAAAGUGCAUCUUGUACUGUGGCCCAUCCAACAAGUCUGUCGAUGUUGUUGCUGAGCUGCUGCUGAAGGUGAAGAACGUGAAACCACUGAGGGUUUACGGGGAGGCCAUUGAGACGAUGGAAUACCCAUACCCGGGGAGCAACCGGCACCUCUAUCGCAAAGCCUUGCGGGAUUCAAAACCAAAGCAUGAGCUCAGCAAAAUAAUCCUGCAUCAUCGCAUCCGACGGCCGCCCAACCCUUUCUGGCAGGAUAUCUGCAACUUUGACACCCGGGUGAAGAAAGGAGAGCAGAUAACAGAAGAAGAAACAAAGGAGUACAAGAAUCAGUUGUCAUCUGCUCGUGCGUAUGAACUGGCACGCCAUGAUGUCAUCCUGUGCACGUGCUCCGCUGCAUCUGCCACCCCCCUGGAGCACCUCAAUGUCAAGCAGAUAAUCAUUGACGAGUGUGCCAUGUCCACAGAGCCUGAGACCCUCAUCCCCUUGGUCAGCCACCGCCGUGCUGAGAAGGUUGUUUUGCUUGGGGAUCACAAACAGCUGCGGCCUGUGGUCAACAAUGACUUCUGCAAGAGUCUUGGCAUGGAGACAUCUCUCUUUGAGCGCUACCGGAAUCAGGCGUGGAUGCUGGAUAUGCAGUACCGCAUGCACAAAAGCAUUUGCGAGUUCCCAUCCCAGGAGUUUUAUGAAACGCGGCUGAAAACAUGCCCCCAGCUUCUGCGUCAAGCCAGUGUCUUCUACCACAAAGAUAACGGCUGCUGCCCUAUCAUCUUCGGGCAUGUGGAGGGGAAGGAGCAGAGCCUCAUGAUUUCUACCGAGGAAGGAAACGAGAACUCCAAAGCGAACCCAGAAGAAGCGGAGCAGGCGGUGAGGCUGGGGAAGCAGCUGACACUAGAUGGCACCAUCUUGCCGGAGAGCAUCGCCAUCCUGAGCCCCUACAAUGCCCAGGUAUCCGAGAUCAAGAAGAGCCUCAUGAAGGAAGGCAUGAGCCGAGUGAUGGUCUGCACCAUCAUGAAGAGUCAAGGAAGUGAGUGGAGAUACGUGAUCCUGUCGACUGUACGCUCCUGCCCCCGAUCAGAGAUUGAUAUGAAGCCCACGAAGAGCUGGCAGAAGAAGUACCUGGGGUUUGUUACCGACCCAAACCAGGUCAACGUCGGCAUCACGCGAGCUCAGACAGGGCUCUGCAUUUUAGGGAACCGGUACCUCCUGGAGUGCAACCCCUUGUGGAGGAGACUGCUUCAGCAUUACAGACAGCGCAACUGCUACGCUGCAGCCCAGGGGAUCCUUGUCAGGAAGACUCCAGCCUUCCACUAGUGACCGUGGGUUGUACCUCGACGAGCUCGUCCCUCUCUGCCUGAGCUGCGUUACUGUGCCUCGGGAAGGACGCCAUCUCUCCGUUGCUUAAUGACCCAAGGAGCCAAACGCAGUGGGGGAGCCAGGACCUUCCCCUGCCCGGUGACAGCUCAGCUUCAGUGCGUGCUUUGGCAUCUUGGGGGGUUUAAUCAGUGCGACCUCGGACUUUCAGCUCUAGCAAACCAAAAAGCAUUGGAAAUGGAUGGAUGUGACUUUGAUGAUGCUAUUUUUUUAACUGUUAAGAUGCUCAGCGGAGCCACCAUCCCAUCUGCCAGUGCAGCUGCGUGUUGGGGACCAAACACUCAGUCCAUCCGUCGGGGGCGGAAUGACUGCACGCAACCGAGCCGCGCGGCAAGCUGCGGCUUGCCACAGAGGACCAAAGCUUCUGAGUGCUACCACUCAUUUUUAAAUCAAGGCCAGGGAAUUUUUAAGGCUUCUUGUUUCUCAAAGCGGAAAACCAAUUCUUUUUUUUUGUUUUUGUUUUUUGUUGUUGUUUGGGGGUUUUUUAAGCGAAGGAAGACAGCAAAGAGGGGGCCACGCACCGCUCUUUGUCUCGCCCAAACGCUGUUCUCUGAGCGUGUAAAUACCACAGAGCCAAGGCCAGGUUGAUUUUGUAAAUAGAUUUACUUAUUUGUACAAAGGAGGUUGUCCUCAGCACUAUAAAGUUACUGAAAAGCGAGGACCAGGAAACGUUGGAAAUUGUAAGCAUAUUUUAAACUGUCUUAAGUCUUAUUUGAAAUCUCCUCCCGUAAAAGCCCCCCUUAUUUUUUUAAAGCUGCUUCUAAUUUAUUAACUUUUAACUCUGUGAAUUUGUUUCAGUCUUAUGGCCUGAGUUUUUUAAGAGCGGUGAUAGAGAUUUGAUCAAUGUGCCACAGCAUAUAUGUGUAUACUGUAUAUUUUUUUUAAUUAUUUUUUUUAAUUUUAAGGAGCCAAACUGCUGUGAACUGGAAGCUGUGAUUCACUAGAGACGGCUGCUUUGCCCGGUAGCGCGUGGCGGGUGCAGAUGCAUGGCGGCGAAGCGGUGCGCUCUGCUGAAUCACGGGGCUGCUUCUCGAAGCGUGGUCGUUUUGCGGGAGGGGUGUCUUUUAUCUCAUUUCAAUUCUGAAUGUAUUAAGUGCCUGCCUCAGCUCUCCCCGGGACCACGCGCUUUAGGCUGGCUUUAGGUGUUCACGGGGGAUGGAGCCAAGACAGAGGCAGGGUGGUUUUGCACCAAGGAUAUACUGUGCUGGGCCACGAGUCCUCCUUGGCGGGAGCGAGGGGUGCCCGUGACUCCGCAGGCGCUAUGGCAGGGAUGAAUUUUUUCCUGUGUGUGCAACUGAAAAUGCGGCAGGGGUUUUCCCCCGGGGGGGGAAGUGGAAUAAGGGGUGUCGUCGUGUGUCGCGUCCUUAGUUAACACUGGGUUUCUUCUCAUGCCUCUGUGUUAGGCUUGACUCGUGAACCUAUGGAUAGAAUUCGGUUGUACUCUUCCUUAGUUUAAACUGCCUUCCCGCACUUCUGCGUUGGGUGGGUUUGAUCUGUACGGUAGGGACCGCCCAGGCUUUCUCUUGUCUGACCAAAGCACAGUAACAGGCGUGUGGCUGGCGAUGCCACGAGGGACAAAGCCCAUGGGAAGUACCACCACCUCCCAACGGUUCUAACGGUGCUUGGGAAAAGCUGGUAAGACGUUCCUUGUUCCCCUUUGAAGUCCUCCUGGCUUGGACCUUAAAAGAUCCUGUGUCAGCCUGAUUUUGCAAAUAUUAAUUGCAUUUCCAAAGUAAGCUUGCAUGGGAAUUAUUUUGUGGACUACUGAAAUGCAGCCACGGCUCGCCAAGAUGACCUGGAGAGCUGCAAGGGAUGCUGGAAUUGGGAUAAAUACUUGAGUGUGGUGCCAGCAUCACUCCAGAAAGCCAUCUUGGUCCCUUUAGAACCAGCGGGGCUCCUUUUCAUGAUCUAAUGUGAGUGUAGUGUUUCUCCCCUGUUGUUUUUUUUGCUGGUUAUUUCAUGACAGGUAACACAAACGAGGAGCCUCGCCCCACCUGUGGUGGCUCAGCCCAAUGCUCUCGCGUGGGGUUUGGCCAUGGGUUUGUAUAGACCAAGGAGGAGACCUCACAGAGUGUCUCCCUUUCCCCUCCGUGGGGAGAAAAUGUUUGCCGUCACUCCUCGGAGGGUAAAGCCUAGCCAGAAACGCUUUGCUUGGGCGCCUCUGCGUUGCAAGGCAAUAGAGAGUUCUUUUUUUUUUUGCUCUGAAGAUGCAUUUUGUAACUGGUGUUUAGAAAACGCUGCCCUAGAGCACCCAAGCGGCAGCAACAGCCAGGCUGGGCUCUUGGGCUGUUUGGGCUGUGAGCAGGUACUUGUAGAGUUGGUCGUGCAGCUGCAAUAGUCAGGGAUAGCAGAAAGUGCAAUUAAUUAAACUUUUUAUAGACUGUUAGUGACAGCCGGAUAUCGCGUUCUUGUCCUUGUGCUCAUGGAUAAGGAGAAUCGUAGAAAUUAAUAGAGAAAGAGAAGUUCAAAGCAGUCUGGUUUCAUUUGCACACAGAGCUUUGAAUUUACUUUUGAAAGAGUUUUCUGUUCAAGCACAUAUUCUUAAAAUACUUGUUAAAAAAACCAAACAAGAAACAAAGCCACCAAACCUUUGGCAAGCCCAGUGGGAAACCACUGGCAGCAGGGCACACAGGGUACCUGCCCGACCGCCGGCGCUACGUUGCCCGCGGCUCACUGACAAAAGAACGGCGUUGCCGGCCGCGAGUGCCGGCUCAUCCAAGAGGGCGACUUCAUCGCCUCAGCACCAGCCAGAGCCUGCGCCCAAGCCAGGGUCCGUGUGGCUGCAGCCGUCACCCUGCACCCUGCUCGGCCUGGCAGUGAAAGUGCAGACACCCAAAAUGGGGGGGACCCUCUCCUUGGCCCCAGCUGGCAAAGGAGAUGCCCACGGGACUGGUUUUGAGGAAUUUGGACAGAUCUGGGCAGGACAAUCAAUUUACUGCAAUAAAUUGUUGCAUUGUUUGUUUUUUUUUUAAAUAGAAAUGAAAUGCUAAAGCAUCGUGAAGUGUAAAUUAAGGAACUUUAAAGGUGGCAGGUUUUUAUCUUUUCUAUGUCUGUGACUUGCAGCAAACCUCAGAUGAUGUUUUGGAUACAAAUAUUUUUACCUGCUUCUACCGUUUAUAAGAAUGAACCUCAACAUUCCUUUUUUUGAUAUGAAA